CAGUCAGGUGACCUCAUUAUUGCUGGCAUUAUAUCUCAGAUGUACAUCAAUUCUGACCUGAUGACAUUCAGACAACAUCCAUUUGAGGAACUGAUUGACGAAUUCAUCUAUUUCAGUGCAAGUUGGACCUAUCGUGCUUUAAUAGAACUUCUCUCCACAAGGGAAAUGUGUAUCCCUAAUUACAAGUGUGAUGCCCAGAACUAUCCAGUAGCAGUCAUCGGAGGACCUAACUCCGACAUCGCUCUCCACAUGGCAACCAACCUGUGCCUCUACAAGAUCCCACAGCUCACAUAUGGCUCUUCUUCAUCAGUGAUGAAUAGCAACUUCCAGGCUGUUUUCUCCCACUGGAUGUUCCCAAACGAAGCCCAUCAAUAUAUGGGGAUUCUCCAGCUUCUGCUGCAUUUCAAGUGGAUAUGGGUUGGGGUGAUUUCCCAGAAUGAUGACCAUGCAGAGAGGUUUGUACAGGCCCUGUUUCCCAUGCUUUCCCAAAAAGGAAUCUGUUUUGAUUUCAUUGCAAAGUUUCCCCAAAGAACAUUUUCUAAUGCUGUUACUGGAAUGGUGGCAGAAGGAAUUGAAACUUUCCGUACUGUUAUGGAAAGUACUGUCAACUCAUUGAUUGUACAUGGUGAAAUUCAAAGCAUGAUGGUCUUAAGAAUGUUGUUCCACCUCUCAAAAUUUGAGGGUAUACCAGUGAAGACAAAAGUAUGGAUCAUGACUGCCCAGAUGGACUUCACAUCGCUUCCCUUUCAAAGAUCUUUGGACAUAGACUUCAUGCAUGGUACUCUGUCUUUUGCACUUCCAUCCAAGGAGGUGAAAGGGUUUCAGAAAUUUCUUCGGAUAAGAAACCCAACAUUGAAUCAAGAAGAUGGAUUUAUCAAGGUUUUCUGGCAAGAGGCAUUUCAGUGUUCAAUUCCUAGCUCCAGGGUAGACCACACUGGUGGGAAAAUCUGCACUGGGGAGGAGAAGUUGGAAACUCUUCCUGGGUCUUUUUUUGAAAUGAGCAUGACCGGUCACAGCUACAGUGUCUACAAUGCUGUUUAUGCUGUGGCACAUGCAUUGCAAGCCAUGCAUUCAUCCCAAUUCAAACACAAAACAAAGGUCAAUGGAGGGACAUGGAAGCUUCUGAUUAAGCAGCCAUGGAAGCUCCAACACCUCCUGAGAAGUGUUACUUUUAAUAAUAGUGCCGGAGAAAUUGUUUCCUUUGAUCCAAAUGGGGAGUUAUUAUCUGGAUUGGAUCUUAUAAACUGGGUCACAUUCCCAAACCAAUCCUUUCUAAGGGUCAAGGUUGGAAAAAUAAAUCCGCAGGCACCCCUAGACAACGUGCUCACCAUUCAUGAGGAUUCCAUCCUAUGGCCCACUAGGUUUAAUCAGGUGCGACCUCUUUCAAUAUGCAAUGACCAUUGCCACUCUGGUUAUCUUAGAACCAAGAAGGAAGGGAAGCCAUUUUGCUGUUAUGAUUGUCUUCCAUGUCCGGAAGGGAAGAUUUCAGUCCAGAAAGACAUGGAUAACUGUUUUCAGUGUGCUGGAGACCAUUAUCCAAACAAUGACCGAAAUGUAUGCAUUCCAAAAGUGAUAACGUUCUUGUCAUUUGAAGAAACUUUGGGGAUCAGUUUGGCUACUUUUGCUCUUUCCUUUUCUUUCAUCACAGUUUUGGUGCUUUGGAUCUUCAUUAAGCACAAAGACACUCCUAUUGUCAAAGCUAACAACCGGAGCCUCACCUAUACUCUUCUCAUCUCCCUUCUGCUCUCCUUCCUUUGUGCUUUGCCAUUCAUUGGCCAGCCUGAGAAAUUGUCAUGUUUCCUUCGGCAAACGGCUUUUGGCAUCAUCUUCACAGUGGCAGUUUCAAGUGUGUUGGCUAAAACUAUCAUUGUGGUUCUUGCUUUCAUGGCCACCAAGCCAGGGUCCAGCAUGAGGAAAUGGGUGGGGAGACGACUAGCCUACUCUAUAGUUCUUUCCAGUUUCCUUGUUCAAAGCACAAUAUGUACAGUGUGGCUGUCAACCUCUCCCCCAUUCCCAGAUCUUGAUAUGUACUCAGUUACUGAAGAAAUAAUCUUAGAAUGUAAUGAAGGUUCAACUAUGAUGUUUUACGUUGUCCUGGGCUUUAUGGGGUUCCUAGCCAUUGUCAGCUUCCUUGUGGCUUUCCUAGCAAGGAAGUUACCUGACAGUUUUAAUGAAGCCAAGUUUAUCACAUUUAGCAUGUUGGUCUUUUGCAGUGUUUGGCUAUCCUUUGUUCCAACCUACUUGAGCACAAGAGGAAAAUACAUGGUGGUUGUAGAGAUCUUUUCCAUCUUGGCUUCCAGUGCUGGGUUGCUGGGCUGUAUCUUUUCCCCCAAAUGCUACAUCCUUGUGCUGAGGCCUCAAUUAAACAAAAGGGAGCUGCUAAUAAAGAAAAAUUGA